CAGAGAGGAAGAGGGGGACCUUCGUGUGUAGUGUACAGUGCGAAUAAAAGUCACCGUGGAAGUAAAGCUCAGCCAAGCUCUCUCACCUCACCGAGAACCCGAUCAGGCUCCGCCGUCUGUGCGUUAAGGCGUACAGCCCAAACUCAGAACUUUACUCUCUCCCUGGAGGACCGUACCCCCCUCUUCCUCUUUCCUCCGGCUCUCCCUGCUUGACUGUGCCUUGAGGCUUUCCGUAGGCCACUUCUGACUCUUACGCCCGGUUCUGCUGAGUUGUGGCCGGUUCCACCCAGAGCCCCGGGUCACCCAUGAGGCUGGAGGCCGCAGCCAGGAUGGAUCUGUUCAGGAAGCUGUGGAGGGCGAGGAAGCUGAUCCUUGUGGUGUUCAUCCCGCUGUCCCUGCUUCCCUUACCGCUCAUCCACCCUACCAGUGAGGCGUGUUGUGCUUAUGUGUUGAUGGUGACGGCCGUCUACUGGGUGUCUGAAGCUGUUCCCUUGGGUGCUGCUGCUCUGGUCCCAGCCUUCCUCUACCCGCUCUUUGGUGUACUCAAGUCCAGUGAGGUAGCAGCAGAGUACUGCAAAGACACAACUCUGCUGCUGAUGGGAGUCAUUUGCCUGGCGGCCUCCAUAGAGAAGUGGAACCUUCAUAAACGGAUUGCUUUGAGGAUGGUGAUGAUUGCAGGGGCCAAGCCUGGCAUGUUGGUACUGGGCUUCAUGUGCUGCACCGUAUUUCUCUCCAUGUGGCUCAGCAACACAUCCACCACAGCCAUGGUGAUGCCCAUAGCUGAGGCCGUCCUGCAGCAGCUGAUCUGCACCGGUCUGGCUGACAGUCAUAACGACUCUGAAACAGCAGAGGUGCCUGAAGAGGACAGUGCUGUGUCAGACAAAGAGGAGAACCUGGACAAGAACCAGCUAGAGCUGCUCUACCGCAACAACUGUUCCAAAAGUUAG